UCUGCGGCCCCGCCUGUGCCAAAUCCAAACGUGACUGACGGUCGCCGGAGGAAGGAGACACGAAGCUCACCGCCCUUCGCCUCUCCUUACAAUCUCGCAAGGCGGCGUCCGACGUCGGUAGCCGCUUUCCCACAUCUGGUCUCCUUCGCCGCCGCCGCCUAUACUCCUGUAGAAAUACUCCCAGGGAGGAGGGCGGUUGCUGCUUCUUGUUCGUGUUCCUUCGCCCGCUGCACGCGGGAUCCAUUUGACCGAGCGACCCACCCACCCACACACCGAGAGCCGGCCAUGGGAAACCACAGCUCGCGAGACGGGAGCAAACACGGGCGGCGCCAGCCCUCCUUCCAGCAGCAGUCGUCGGCGCAGUGGGGCGCCGGGGGAGGGUACUACGCCCAGGACCCGCGCGCCGACUACUACGGCGCGCCGGGGUCACAACAGGGAGGAGGGUACGCCGCGCCGUACCCGGCCCCGGCGUACCAGCCCACCGCUGCCGCUGCUCCGGCGCCGCAGGCCGCGAAGCCGCGGCAGCUGGACCGGCGGUACUCGCGGAUUGCCGACGACUACCACUCAGUGGACCAGGUUACUGAUGCUCUAGCUCAAGCAGGACUUGAAUCAUCAAAUCUUAUUGUCGGCAUUGAUUUCACAAAGAGCAAUGAAUGGACAGGCAAAUUCUCUUUCCAUGGGCGUAGUCUACAUCACAUUAGUAACACACCAAAUCCGUAUGAACAAGCCAUCUCGAUUAUUGGGCGAACACUAUCGAAAUUUGAUGAAGAUAAUUUGAUUCCAUGUUUCGGAUUUGGAGAUGCAUCAACACAUGAUCAAGACGUCUUCUGUUUCUCUCCUGACGAGAGACCUUGCAAUGGAUUCGAAGAAGCUCUUGAUCGUUAUAGGGAACUUGUACCACAUUUGCGCCUAGCUGGACCAACGUCCUUUGCACCAAUCAUUGAGAUGGCUAUGACCAUUGUGGAGCAAAGUGGCGGGCAAUACCACGUCCUAUUGAUAAUUGCAGAUGGGCAGGUUACAAGGAGUGUAGAUACUGCAUCUGGACAGCUGAGUUCGCAAGAGCAAAAGACUGUUGAUGCCAUUGUGAAGGCUAGUGAACUGCCUUUGUCAAUUGUGUUAGUAGGAGUUGGUGAUGGCCCCUGGGACAUGAUGAAGGAAUUUGAUGACAACAUUCCUGCUCGAGCUUUUGACAAUUUCCAAUUUGUAAAUUUUUCAGAGAUAAUGUCCAAGAACAUGGCACAAUCAAGGAAAGAGGCUACAUUUGCUCUUUCAGCAUUGAUGGAGAUACCACAACAGUAUAAAGCAACCGUGGAAUUAGGAAUUUUAGGUCGCCGCUCUUUCAAGUCUCCUGAUAGAGUUCCUCUGCCUCCCCCUACUGGAAGCUAUGAUGCUUAUUCCUAUUCAUCUAAAAGCUUUAGUAAACCAACCACCUACCCGCAGAGCUCUUCAUCCGCAUCACCCUAUCCUCACUAUGAAACUCCACAUACAGCCACCCCAGUCGCGCCCUCGUCCACUUAUGACAACCAGGUCUGUCCUAUCUGCCUUGUGAACCCCAAAGACAUGGCGUUUGGCUGUGGACACCAGACUUGCUGUGACUGCGGACAGAGUCUCGAGUCGUGCCCAAUCUGUCGCACUCCCAUCACUACAAGGAUAAAGCUAUACUAGCAAGUAGUGGUUUGGAUCAUUGCCAAUGGGUGGUAUACUGGAGCCACCCUGGUUCACACUAGAGGAUCGGGACAGCAUGUCCCAUUUGCAAUCGGAACGCUGGAACGGCACUCUAUAGAUCGAUUGGAUCUAAGGACUGCAGGGACAAGCAGCAUGGAUCGAUUGGAGCCGAGGAUUGCGGGGCCGUUGAUGCAUCGCUCAGGGUUGUCCGGUAUUCAUAUCCACCAGGAAUGAUCCGAAUUGCAGCUUGCCAAAAAAAAAAUUAUAAACGAGAAGAAAAAAAGAGGAAAACACAAAAAAGUUGUGGUGUGGUGGAGCAGACAGUUGCGUGUAGGGCCAUGACACGCAACUCAGCUUGGUGCCUUGGUUACUUAUCUAACCUGCAACUCUAGUUGUACAUACCGGAAUUCGUGCCUAUCUGGACUUCUGACGUCAGAUUUAGAGGAUUCUUUAUUUGUGCCCGUGCUUUUAGUAUUGCCCGAGAUAUGUUGAUUUGUUCUUUGCUUGCAAUUGUGUAAAAAAAAAAAAAAAUUCAAUCCGCAUUUUUUGGUGAAUCGAAAAAAUGGUGCUUGGUAGGUGUGUUCCGAGUCUGCUCGGGCAGCCUCGUAGCUUCAUCUA